GGAAACUAGUGUCAGACUACACAAACUCUGGACAAUUCAGGUAAAUAACAAGCAUUCUACUCCGCUCAAUUGAAUCUGUGCUGUAAAAGAAGAAGCCAGAUACAGGUUCAUGUUUACCACCAAAUGCAGUCUUUCUGAAGGCAUCAGCUUCAGCUUUUGAAACACCACAAUACCAUGCAAACCAAUAACACUCAUCAUUGUGGCCAAUCUAUUCAACACCUGGUGGCCUCUGUCCUUCCUCCUGUGCUCAUCGUCGAGCUCCUGCUGGGCCUGCCAGGAAAUGUGAUGGCAGUGUGGAUCUUCAUCCGCCACCUUCAGUACUGGAGGCUGCACACUGUGUUUCUCUUAAAUCUGGUCCUGGCUGAUUUCUUGCUCCUGGUGAGCUUACCUUUCCGCAUUGACUACUUUGUCCGAGAUGAAAACUGGAUGUUUGGUGAUGCUUGGUGUCGGAUUAACCUCUUCAUGCUUGCAGUCAAUCGGUCAGCGAGUAUUGGCUUCAUGACUGCUGUGGCUGUGGAUCGAUACUUUAAAGUAGUCCAUCCACACUGUAAAGUGAACUUCAUCGGUUCACAGCAAUCUGCAGGGAUUGCUUGCUUCAUCUGGGCUGUGGUGAUCUCACUGCGGAUCCCUCUCCUGCUGUCUAGCGAUCUCCUGUGGAAGGAGAACAACGAUGUCUCUCUCUGUCGGAGCUUUAACAACUACGAGAACCCAUCAACAGGCAUCUGGAUCCACUACACGAUGUAUAUUGGCGAGUUCUUUCUCCCACUAGUGCUGUUCAUUUUUUGCUCCAUUCGAAUCCCCUGCACUCUACGCCGUCACCACAUAGACAAGAAGAAAGUGAGACGGGCUACUCGCACUGUCCUGGUAAUUGUUGGGGUUUUCAUCACCUGCUUCUUUCCUAGCAUUGCCACAGGACUAACUGCACUCUGUCUAAAGAAUCUGGGGAAUGAAUACUGCCGUGCUUACAGACUAUUUAGUGAACUGUUUAGCCUUUCCAUUGGGUUCACAUACCUGAACAGUGCCCUGGAUCCUCUCAUCUACUGCUUCUCUAGCUCCAUGUUUAGGAAUGAGGUAAAGAGAGCCAUCAAUUGGUUUGGGACUGGUGGAGCUACAGCUCAGUCACCAUGGCACAACAGGAGCACACGUGAUGGCUGAGGAGGUGAAUUCUCCAGAAAGAAGACUACAGUGCCAUCAGAACUGAUAUUUCACAUGCUUUAUUUUUCAAUUAUAAUGCAUUUAAAAUGCUUUGGCCUGAUUCAUAAAACUAAGUGGUAACAGCGCUAUGCCACAUACAACGUGUGGCACAGUAAUUAAGAGCUAUUCAUGAAGUCACAGUGGUGGUGAUAAGCACAAUGGUGUGUUUUUAACGCAGUGGUAUUUUCACCAGUGUCCUAGGCAAGAGCCAUUCAAACUCCACAGGUCAAGGGGUCAAGCAUAUUAAAGACCAAGUGAAGCUCCAGUUCGCUGCCAAAAUGGGUAUAAUGAAAGAAACAAAAACAAAGAAACAUAGAAAAACUAAAUUUUCAUAAACAGAGCUACAAAUUUUAAAGGACGAAAUGCUGGCCAAUGAUAGUAAAUUGUUGGCAUAAAUUCUUUAACUUUUAAUACUGUUGAUACUAGAAAAAAAUAAUAUGUAUAAACAUUUUCAUUACAUU